AUGCCUGUCAUACCACGAUCAUCAUAUUACGACCGCCAAUACCGGCAAGGUCCCGCUCUCCUUCGAGCGCGAAGACCGUACCUUGUCAAGAAUACCCUCGCGGGUCUCGGGAUCUUUGGUUUCUGCAUAGGCGUUUAUGCCUUCACCAUUAGCUCCAUCUCACAAGACGAGUUCGAGGACGUCGUUCCUACUCCACCGACGAAAGGAGCGCAAAGCACGACGAAGGCAUCAUAA